AUGGGGUUUAUAAGUAUUGUUGAGCCUGUGGUGGGCCUGCAUGCGUUCACCAUGUUCAUGACCUACCCACUGCUUCAGCAGUACGUCUACAGAAGACUGUGGGAACAACUGGGUGGCUUCCCAUAUCCCAUCAGCAUAAACCAAUCACAGUGCUCUAACAACUACACCAACCUCAGCCUUCACCAGGCUAUACAGAAAGAGACUUCCUAUUUCCUUUUGAAGAGUGAGCUGUUCUUUCUCUUUCCCUGCCUGUUCACCUCUGUGCUUCUAGUAUCCUACAGUGACUACCGAGGUCGGAAGGUGGCCAUGGUGCCCCCCUUGGUGGGCGAUUUUCUCUUUACUCUGAUUUACUUCACAGUGAGCUGGUAUUCGCUUAGUCUUCACUACCUGCUAGGUGCUGCGUUGUUUUUCGGUCUGUUCGGGGGUCCCAGCACUGUGAUCGGAGGUUGUUUCUCUUAUGUAGCUGACCUCUGUGGAGAUGAGAAACAAAAAAGAGAAAAGACCAUCCGGAUGGCCCGUUUAGAGAUGAUCCUGGGUGUGAUGUCAGGUUUAGGUUCCCUUUGCACCGGUUUCUACAUCCAGGCUGCCGGCUUCAGUUGGCCGUUUCUCACGGUGUCUGUGAUUAAUCUGCUCAACCUGUUUUAUGUGCUAGUAGUUCUGAAGGAGUCUCAUGGUCAUCCAGGACAAAAUAUAACCCCAGAUCAAAGUUUGUCCAGUCCAGAAGCAACUGCUGGGACUUCUCCUCCAGCUAGGCCAAAAGUCAUGACCAGCCAGAUUUACAGCAUCUACCUGCUGUUUGCAGUGUCUACACGAAGACGGAAAAUACUGCUGCUGAUCAUGCUGACCGCCUUCAUCUUUUACAAGGUGGCCAAACUGGGUGGCAUGUCGCUCUUCCUCCUGUACGAGCUAAACCCUCCACUGUGUUGGAGUGAGGUGCUUAUUGGCUACGGAUCUGCUCUUUCCACUUUAAUCCACCUGAGCAGUUUUGCUGGUGUCUGGUUGCUGUCAAGGUGGCUGUCGGAUGGUCACAUCACCCUGCUCGGGCUGUUCUCUCUAGCUGCUGGCUUUCUAAUGACUGCCUUCGCCAACACCUCACUGCUCAUGUUCCUAGUUCGACUGCCCUUACUCCUGUCCAUCAUGCCUGCCCCUGUGAUGCGUUCCAUGAUAUCCAAGCUGGUGACCAACUCUGAGCAGGGUGCUGCGUUUGCAUGUGUGGCCCUUAUGGAGAUGCUGAGUAUUGGGAUGGAGUUCCCAGUGUUCAGUAGUAUCUAUGCUGCUUCCAUCUCCUGGUUUGCAGGCCUCAGCUUUAUUAUAGCAGCGGGUCUAACCCUAAUCCCAGCUAUUCUGAUUGGUGCUGUGCUGUGGUUGCAUUUGGACGUGAAGGAGGAGUCCCUUAUGCUGAUCACUGAAGAUGACAGUGAAGCCAACAGUGGAUCUGUGACCCUUCAGCUUUCACCGUAG